AUGUCGAAUUCAUCUUCCCGUCUCGAAUCCGCCACUCUCACUGACGGUGCCCAAACGCGAGACCGUCUUCUCAUCCUGAACAAAGUGAUAGACUUAGCAAAACUUUGUACUAACUACAUUAACGAUCAUGAAAAAAACGAAGCGGCGACGGGGCACGACAGUGCUUUGGUUGUCUCCAAGAUAGUGGCGGAAACUUUCGAAGUGUUUCCCACUAAUUUCAAUUCACCUGUCGAUCCAUUAAGCAUAUUGGAUAAACUGUCGACGAAGGUCAACUUGAUGCAGAGCCAAUUUGGUGCUUCUGUGCCCCUAGAUAAUGUAUCAGACGUGGCAGAGAAGUUCUCCUUUAAGAAGGAGGACCUAAAAACAUCAAAGUGGGCACGUAAAGCCCAUCGGAACGAGCCUUCAGCAGCAUUCGACUCGAUUCCCGACGUGCCAUUGAGAAUACAGGGAACGGUUGACAAGAGGAAAAGAAAGGCUGAUGAUAUUGGAUUGAUUGAAGUCAAUGGGGUUGAUCAAGACCCUGUUCCAGAGCAGCUAUCCACUGCUGCACCGACGUACAGGAUCAUAGUCCCCAGCAAUAGGGUAAGCAAUAUACCUGACUCGGACGAAGCGACACCAGUUGCCGCGUCAAGUUCUAGUGAUCCCAAAAAGCGAUUGCAUGACGAAGAACUAUCAGGAAAAGAAAAUGAAGCGGAAGCACCCGUGAAGAAGCGUUCAAAAAAACGCAAAGGGCCUCUGAUAUUCAGAGAAGGGUCGCGAAAGUCGAGUAGAAAAAAGAAGACGCCGGAAUAA